AUGCUCUUCCGCGAGACUGAAGGCCUCAAAGGGUUCUUUGGAGAGACAUCUAGAUUAUCGCAAGUUUUGCGUAACUCAGGAUCCGGAUGUGCGUCCAUAAUGCAUCUGAACCUGACCAACUCGUCUUUUGGAAUUGUGUCAGGCUCUAUCCUCUAUUUUAUUUCAGAGAAGCCCGGAAAAACGGGGUGGAGAACUCGGCCUUCGUUCCGAGCAAGGAACUACAUCAGGUACAUACAUACGCCAACAAGAACGAGAACGUCGAGGAUCCCAUUAGCAUAUGAAUUGCACACUUCUAAACACGCCAAUCGUACGCAAUCAGAUUCAACGACUCGGAACCCAAUAAUAUUCCUGCAUGGAUUCCUCGGGUCCAAGCGCGAAAACAGGGGUGUAGGCAAGAUCUUGGCCCAGGAUCUGUCGCAGCAUGUCUUCUGCUUGGAUCUUCGGAACCAUGGGGAUUCCGGCCAUCACCCGAAGCAUGACUAUAUGGAAAUGGCAAUAGAUGUUGAGCACUUCAUCACAACCCACGGACUGAAUAAUGCAACAUUAAUCGGUCACUCGAUGGGGGCCAAAACCGCCUUAACGCUCGCCCUUCAGUCGCCAGAUCUGAUAUCCAAGGUCGUCGCUAUCGACAACUGCCCCAUCCACCUAGACCUGACCGAAGAGUUUCCGAGAUAUCUCAAAGCUAUGGAAGAAGUACAGGACGCACGAGUCAAAAGCCAUCAAGAAGGGGACAAGAUUUUGAGCAAAUAUGAGGAUUCUCCGUCCGUGCGAUUAUGGUUACUGAGUAAUUUUGUUCGAGAACGCGAUUCCCCCCAUCUGAAGCUUCGUGUUCCUCUAGAUGUCCUGACGACUGCUAUCGGUCCAUUGGGUGAUUUUCCGCACAAGGGCAAAUUUGUUCAGUUCCCCAAACCUGCGUUGUUCCUUCGAGCCCUGCAGAGUCAUUAUAUACCAGAGAGUUCGUUCCCCGUCAUUUCGUCUUUCUUCCCUCGAUCGCGCAUUGUUAAUAUAGAUUGUGGACAUUGGAUUGUUCAGGAACGGCCUGAGGAAUUCAGGCAGGCUGUUGUCCAGUUCUUGCGGGAGAAGGACGAAGUUGAUUCGCUUGAUUUGUGA